AUGGGCGGAUUUACCUUCGACGAGGAAUGGGAGUGUGCUUCUCCUAAAACUCUUCUUCUUGUUGGAAGAACAGGUGAUGGGAAAAGUGCAACUGGGAACAGCAUCUUCGGAACAAAGAUAUUUGAAUCCGAACGCCAUUCAUCUGGCAUAACAAAAACUUCUGAGUUAAAGACAAUGGUGUUGGAAAGUGGCCAGCAGCUUAAUGUGAUUGAUACUCCUGGCUUGUUUGAUACUUCGGUUAACUCUGAAUUUGUUGGAAAGGAGAUCGUGAGUUGCAUAAAUUUGGCCACGGAUGGUAUUGAUGCAGUUCUACUCGUCUUCUCAGUGAGCAGCCGCUUUUCCAAAGAAGAAGAAGCUGCAAUAAGUAGCUUGUUGGCAUUGUUUGGAACAAAAAUUUUCAACUACAUUAUACUAGGUUUCACUGGGGGUGAUUUACUUGAUCAAGAUAACAAAACUAUGGAAGGUUACUUGUAUGAUUGUCCUCAAUCAUUAAAGGAACUUCUUUGCCUGUGUGGAAAUCAUUGUAUCCUUUUCGAUAACAGGACAAAUGAUCAGAGUAAAAGAGCUAAUCAAGUAGAUAGACUUGUUUCUCUUGUAAACAUGGUUUUGAAAGAGAACAAUGGACAAACAUAUACCAAUGAGAUUUUCACUGAGCUGAAGAAUGGAACUAGGUACUUAUUGGAACAGACGAAGAAAUUUCAAGCGUUGAAAGAGACCAAUCAGUAUACGGAACACGAGAUAUUAAUGCUAACAGCACCUAUGCAGGAUGAGCUAUUUAAAAGAAUAUUUUCAAUGGUUGAGUUGAAGAUCAAGGAGACAACCUUUAGGUUUGAGCAACUACUUGAGGAAGAACGAGCUGCACGGAUAAAAGCUGAAGAGAAUGCUAAAGUUGCCGAAAUAAAAUUGGCCAAGGGGAAACAUGAGCUGCGAGAUGAGCUAGAGAAGAGGCAAAGUGUGGAAGUUCAGUGUGAAUCUUGUUCAAUACUCUAA